CUAGACGACGGUGACACGGUCGUACUAAUGGUAUUUUUGUCCAACGCAAAACACCUGACCAACUUCUCCGGUGACAAGAAGGUGUGGCCGGUACAUAUGACGGUCGGGAAUUUGUCCUUCACCAUCAGGAUGGCACCAGGCCAACCCGGCAUCCUCUUGAUCACUCUCCUCUCACUCCCGGUUAAGAUGCGCGAAGUUCCCACCGGGCAAUACAAUGAGCAGAAGGAACACAACCGGAUGAUGCAGCAACACGUCUUGCGCCACAUCCAAGAGCUACUAAUAGAUGCGGACCGCCGCACUUUCUAUGCACAGUGUGCUGAGUGCUACUUCGGGCAUUAUGUUGCAUCGCUGGACGGCUGGAUUGCCGACUACCCAGAGCAUCGAGAUCUCUAUAACAUCAGCAACGGCUUUUGUCACUGGUGUGAAUGCCCACGUGGGGAAAUUUGUGACUAUCUUGUCAACCCUCAUGGACGCCGGGACCGUACCAUUGAAAGGGCGCUGAAUGACAUAAACACCCUGGAGGCAAGGGAAGUCUCACGCACCACAACGUCCACCCGGGUUCCAACUUACUAUGGCUUCGCGACUGCAUGA